UCGGCAGCAGAAUAUGUGAAGUCCCGCCUGCCUGAAGUCCUAAAACAACAUCUUCAAGACUAUGAGAAGGACAAGGAGAACAGUGUGCUGUCUUACCAAACCAUCCUGGAACAGCAGAUUUUAUCAAUUGAUCGCGAAAUGCUGGAAAAAUUGACUGUAUCCUAUGAUGAAGCAGGUACAACUUGUUUGAUCGCACUGUUGUCAGAUAAAGAACUCACAGUGGCCAACGUUGGUGAUUCGCGAGGAGUCCUGUGUGACAAGGAUGGGAAUGCUAUCCCCUUGUCACACGAUCACAAGCCCUACCAGCUGAAAGAGAGGAAGAGGAUUAAAAGAGCUGGUGGUUUUAUCAGCUUUAACGGCUCCUGGCGUGUGCAGGGGAUCCUGGCCAUGUCCCGCUCGUUAGGAGAUUACCCUCUGAAGAACCUGAAUGUUGUCAUUCCCGACCCCGAUAUUCUUACCUUUGACCUGGACAAACUGCAGCCAGAGUUCAUGAUCUUGGCGUCGGAUGGUCUGUGGGAUGCCUUCAGCAACGAGGAAGCUGUCCGAUUCAUCAAGGAACGCUUGGAUGAACCGCACUUCGGUGCAAAGAGUAUAGUUCUACAGUCCUUCUACAGAGGAUGCCCUGAUAAUAUAACAGUGAUGGUGGUGAAGUUCAGGAAUAGCAGCAAAACAGAAGAACAGUAA